GAUGAAAAAUGUGUAAAUAAUUAUAAUUUAAACAGUGUGUUAAUUCCGCGUAAAUAAAACUUUGAUAGAUCUGUUAAAAUGUCUGUAAGGCCAUUGCCCGAUGGAUUAGCUAUGAUAGCUUAUACGGAAUUAAACGAAGACCCAAAACGAGUUGAAGAUGAUUUGCGGCAUAUUAAAGAAUGGUUGUCAAAACAAAAUCAUUUGCGUGCAAGAUCAGAUGACCAAUGGCUGCUUGCCUUUCUGCGCGGAUGCAAAUUUAGUUUAGAAAGAACAAAAGAGAAGAUAGACAAAUAUUAUUCGAUACGGAACAUAGCACCAGAUUGUUUUAGAAUAAAAUAUUCAGAUUCUGCAUUUAAUGAGAUUCUUGAAACAGGUUCAUAUUUAGUACUGCCUCGUGUGGACCACGACGCUGCACCGCGUGUUAUAAUCAUAAGACCUGGAAGUUACGAUCCCGAUAAAUUUACUAUCACAGAUAUAAUUUCCGUAGCUGAUGUUAUACACAAGAUUUUAUUAAUGGAAGAUGACAACACAGUGAUUGCCGGAUCUCGUAUUAUUUUCGAUUUAAAUAGUGUCAAGUUAGGGCACUAUUUGCAGAUGACGCUCACAACUAUGAAAAAGAUGGUAACACUUGCUCAGGACGCCAUUCCCGUACGCGUAAAAGGUAUUCACUAUCUAAAUACACCACCUGGCUUUGAGAGCAUAUUGAAUGCUUUGAAGAGUCUUCUAAAUGAGAAGCACCGAAAAAGACUUUUCGUGCACAACAAGAAUUAUGAUGAAAUGUACAAAAGUAUCCCUAAAGAUAUUUUACCUUUCGAAUAUAAUGGGGAGUCUGAAAAUAUUGAGGAUAUUAUAAAUUACUGGAAAAAGAAAGUUCAAGAAUACAGUGAGGUUUUCAAAGAAGAUCUGCAAUAUGGCGUUGAUGAGUCUGCAAGGAGUGGACGUGCAGAAACAGCUGACGCCAUGUUCGGUGCUAAUGGCUCCUUUCGUCGAUUCUUUGUUAAGAUGCCGGUUCGAGCGUUAUCUCCCGAGUUGGCUGAGAAAGCAAGAAAUGAACUAAACGAAACCGAUGACAAUAAGUUGGCGGACAGUUUGCAGCAUUUGAAGGAGUGGCUCGCCAAACAGCCACAUUUAAAAGCCCGAACAGACGACCAAUGGCUUGCUGCGUUUUUAAGAGGUUGCAAAUUCAGUUUGGAACGAACAAAGCAAAAAAUCGAUCUAUUUUAUACGUUAAAGACAACCGCGCCUGAGCUGACUCCUUUGAAAUAUAAUGAUCCAAAGUUUGUCGAGCUUCUUGACCUAGGAGUAACAGUGGUUUUACCAAAAUCCUCCAAUCCUGCUGGACCUAGGAUUAUCCUAGCACGACCAGGAUUAUACGAUCCUAGUAAAUAUUCUAUAGGCGAAGUGAUGUCUCUCAAUGCUGUUAUCCAAAAUAUCAUGUUAAUGGAUGAUGACAAUUUCGUUGUCGCUGGUGGGGUCAACAUCAUGGACUUACAGGGUAUCACCAUGGCCCACUUCACCCAGAUAAAUCCAGUGCUCAUGAAGAAAAUGAGUGUCGGGCUUCAGGAAGCCGCUCCAAUAAGAAUGAAAGGUGGGCAUUACGUGAAUACGCCUUCGUUCUUCGAGACUAUCUAUAACUUCAUGAAAAGUUUCCUCAAUGAGAAAAACAAAAAAAGGUUAUAUGUACACACCGAUUUAGAAUCACUGUACCAGCAUGUACCUAAGGAAGUACUGCCGACAGAGUAUGGCGGUAAUGCCGGGACUAUUCGAGAACUCGCAGAUAAUUUAAAGAAAAAGAUUUUGGAGUAUAGCGCAUGGCUCGACGAGGAACACUUAUAUGGAACGGACGAAUCUAAACGACCCGGUAAACCUAAAACUGCGGAAGAACUGUUUGGAGUCGAAGGUUCCUUCAGGCAACUACAAUUCGAUUAAACUGUGCUUAGGAUCAAAAAUGAAAUAUAUCAUCAUGAAUUAUG